GCCAUAAUUUUUUUUGUUGUACAUAGAAAAGUCGUCAAAGUGAAAGAAUUUUUUUUUCCACAAAGGAAACAAUACUAAAAAAACAAAAGUUUUUUUCUGUGAACACUCGUAGACUCAUAGCCAUGUUAUUUUGUCAGUAAAUUGAUGUUUCUACGGUACUAUUCGCUUCACAGAUGUAUACUGAAAAAAAUUCCAAGAAACAAUCAACUGAUCAAUUAAAAGAAAUUCCUUCUGAGAUUCAAUGUAACAUCAUAUGGAUGUGGAAAAAGUAUGAUUCGACUUGGGUAAUGUACACAAAUGGGUACUAUAGCAUCUGUGCUGCAAUGGACGUGUAAAAAUUGCAAUUCAAUCAAUCCAACCGAGUGUCUAAAAUGUUUGCAAUGUGGAAAUGUUCGACGAAUUUUGGAAACCACGGACAGUGGUGGUGGCAACACAAAUGAAACGUCAAAAUGUGACAGUUUUUCUGGUUCCAAACAUAAAACACUGCCAGGAUAUGUAGAAAUUAGCUCAAACGGAACCGAAUCAAAACGAAUAUACAAAACUUUGCUUCGUAGCUGUUUAAAACACAAACCAACCGACAAUAUAAAAAACUUCUUUGAACCAAACAAACACGAGCAUCUGUUUCGGUCCCAAAGUACACCCAGUCUUCGUCGCUUUUGGGUAUGCUUAUCAUGCGGUCUAGCAAAUAAUAGCGUCACAUGGCAUUGUUUGAAUUGUGACUGUGUCAGUUUCUUGGCGCCGAUCUACAAAGAAACGCUUAAACGCAACACCGUCGAAUCACCAAUCGAACAAGAACAACAGAUCCAAUCAUCGGCGACCGGCAAUGUAGCCCAACAGAAAUCAUCGAAAUUGCGACAAUUUAGCAUGGAUUCUGGUGGUCCAUCGUCGCAACAACAGCAACAACAACGUAAGUGUCAACUGUGCUCGUACAAAUCGAAUGCUGGCAAUGACUCGACAAUUUGUCGACAUCAGACCCGAACGAAAUAUCUACGAUUUCCUAUGAUUGGUGCCUCCCGAAUCGGACCCGAACAAAAGUCAUUCGAUGAAGCUAGGUACUAUGCAAACGACGGUUUAUAUUACUCGAAUCGUAAGAUCAACAAGUCUCUGUCAAGUAUAACGGACUCAUUUGGUGGUAACGUGUUCGGCGAACGAGUAUUUACAUCGAAAAAUCGGCCAACCACAUUGGUGGUCAAUGAAAAUACAACCAGGCGUACAACCAGCAAAGGAACAGUCGAAUCAUAUUCCAGACAAUUAUCGGUGCCAAAUACAACGUCUGAGUUGUCUCAUUUCAACGAUUUUUCCACACCGGAACAGCGAUCAUCGAACGCGGUACACACCAGCAUUUCAUGCGAUAUAUGCGGUGUGUGCAAUCAAAAUCGAUGCCAAGCUGUACCGUCGAAUUGUGACAGCAGUCGUUUUACGGUGACCACUCUAUCUAGAAGUGGUACAUUGACUUUAGGUAAUAAGUUUCAAACAUUGCCAAGGAACGGCGGUGUAUUCAUUGCCGUCAAGGAUUGGUCCAAUUUGCCGUCGGCCAACUACAGUGGACCACAAGUGGCAACCAUGCAAGACAAUUAUUAUGAAAUAUUAAAAAAUCCCAACAACAAUCAGCCAUACGAAAAUCAUUCAAUCAUCGCCGCGAAGGACAAGGAACAAACCGAACCGAUCUAUGCUGUGGUCAAUAAAAUGAACAAAACGAAAAACAAAUUGCAGCAGCAACAGUCCGAACCGAAAUUCAGCUACGCUGGCACCCAGCAAAUGGUGGGUGUUGGCAAUAAAUCGGAUUCGGCUUUGUAUGCCAGUAUUGCGGCUGUGAACAACAAUCGAUUGCCUAACUUAGACAAUAACGGCAGUAAUUGCAACAUAAAGACGUCACACAUUACCAUUACCAGUAGUGACGAUCAAGCUGGUUCGGAUACAUCUGAAAUAUAUGCUAAAGUGUGGAAGGGGCCACGCAAAUCGCUGGAUUCGCAAAAAAUCACCCAACCGCAGUCACGAAUUUCGACAAACAUUACACCACCGCCAGUAACGCCUCCCAGAAUGUGGACAUGCACCAAAUGCUCGUACGCUUACAAUCCAUUGUGGGUGGACCUAUGUGAUAUAUGCGAAAGUCGACGAACACCACCGUCAUUAACCCAACCAAGUCUGAUAACUGUAACGAAAGAUGAAGCUAGUCAACAGCCAGGAACUGAUCUACGAGCUGACAACAAAAUAUCCAAUUCGAAAGAGAAAUUUCAAUCGUCUCGAUCGUCGCAAAUUUUCGACGAAGUGCCGCAAAUAGUCGAGGUGCCAAUGGCCUCGUUCGAACAGGAUCUGGACGAUGAGGUGGAAUUUGUUGAAGAAAUUUCGGCACCGGGCGAAGAAUGGACGUGCAAAAAGUGUACCCUAGUCAAUUCACAUCGGGUCAAGGCAUGCGUCGUUUGUGGCGGUUCGAAAUUGAGAUCAAUUUCGGCGGUUGAAGAUAUGACACUUCGAAAGGGUGAAUUCUGGUCGUGCACUCAGUGCACAUUGAAGAAUUCAUUGUCGACAAAUACAUGCAUUGCAUGCAAAGCGGUUCGACAGAUUCCCGUCAUAUCGGGUCAACAGACCAAUUUUCGGCCAUACACAUCUUCACCUGCCCAGCCGAGUACGAAAUCGGUGACACCAUCUUAUCAUCAUAAUCGACAAAUUCUCGCGCAAUUGUCAUCCAACUCAUCGUCUUCAUCGUCGUCUUCAACUCCUUCUGUUACGCUAGCCCCGCCAACACAUCGGGUUUCACGCAGUCCAUCGCCACGACACGACCGCAAUUCAUCGGGAGCGAUUCCUAAGAGGCACAGCACAGGAGCUGUUCUGGCAAAAUCGCAAAAUGUAGCCAAUCGACACAGCAGUACUGGUUCAGCAAUCAAGACAUGGCAGUGUCCGGCGUGCACUUACGAAAAUUCGUCGGCCAGUGUCGUCUGUGAUAUUUGUCAAAGUCCUCGUGGCUUAGCCAAUACUAAAUCGAAUGAAAUAUCAACUCCGCCGGCAACAAAUGUACUGGACAUGAACCGACAAGAGAGCAAAUUGAUGGAGAAUCUGCGUAAAAUUGAAGAAAGCGAAGCUCGAACGAAAUGGGAGAACAUAAUUCAGUAUUGCAGAGAAAAUAACCAACUGUUCGUGGAUGAUUCAUUUCCACCGGCACCACGCAGUCUUUAUUACAAUCCACAUUCGAAUUCCGAGAGCAAUCCAGUUGUUCAAUGGCGUCGACCACAUGAAAUCAAUUGUGACGGAGGUGCCUUUCCUCCAUGGGCUGUAUUUCGGACACCGUUGCCGUCGGAUAUAUGUCAAGGUGUCCUAGGAAACUGUUGGCUGUUAAGUGCACUGGCUGUGUUGGCUGAACGGGAGGAUUUAGUCAAAGAGGUGUUGGUGACUAAAGAGAUUUGCCCGCAGGGUGCAUAUCAAGUAAGACUGUGCAAAGACGGCAAAUGGACGACUGUGCUAGUAGAUGAUCUACUGCCGUGUGAUAAACGUGGUCAUUUGGUCUAUUCGCAAGCAAAACGCAAACAAUUGUGGGUGCCACUAAUUGAGAAGGCGGUUGCAAAGAUUCAUGGUUGCUAUGAGGCAUUGGUGUCAGGCAGAGCCAUUGAGGGUCUUGCUACACUUACCGGUGCACCGUGCGAAAGUAUUCCGCUGCAACCGAGCUCACUUCCAAUGCCUAGCGAAGAUGAAUUGGACAAAGAUUUGAUUUGGGCUCAGUUGCUCAGUUCUAGAUGCGUGAAAUUUCUAAUGGGAGCCAGUUGUGGCGGCGGAAAUAUGAAAGUGGACGAGGAUGAAUACCAGAGAAAAGGACUUCGUCCUCGUCAUGCAUACUCGGUGCUAGAUGUUCGUGAUAUUCAUGGCCAUCGUUUGUUAAAAUUACGCAAUCCUUGGGGUCAUUAUUCGUGGCGCGGAGACUGGUCAGACGACUCCGAACAAUGGACCGAUGAGUUGAGAGAAACUUUGAUGCCACAUGGAGCCUCAGAAGGCGUGUUCUGGAUUUCCUUCGAAGAUGUGCUAAAAUACUUCGAUUGCAUUGACAUUUGCAAAGUACGGAGUGGUUGGAAUGAAGUCCGAUUACAAGGAACACUGCAGCCGUUGUGCACAUUGUCGUGCGUCUUACUAACUGUUUUGGAACCGACCGAAGCUGAAUUCACUUUAUUCCAAGAAGGACAAAGAAAUUCAGAGAAAUCCCAACGCUCACAGCUGGACUUAUGUGUGGUUAUAUUUCGCACCAGAUCUCCGGCUAAUCCAGAAGUCGGUCGAUUGGUGGAACACAGCAAACGGCAAGUGCGUGGUUUCGUCGGCUGUCACAAAAUGCUGGAACGUGAUUUAUAUUUGCUGGUCUGUUUAGCCUUCAAUCAUUGGCACACCGGCAUCGACGAUCCACAAUUGUAUCCGCAAUGUGUGCUAGCCAUACACAGUUCAAAACGGUUGCUGGUCGAGCAAAUUCAUCCACCGCCAUUUUUGCUGGCUGAUGCCAUCAUUAGCUUAACGUUAACCAAAGGACAACGUCACGAAGGUAGAGAGGGUAUGACGGCGUACUACUUGACAAAGGGUUGGGCCGGUUUGGUUGUAAUGGUCGAAAAUCGGCAUGAGAACAAAUGGAUUCACGUGAAAUGUGAUUGUCAAGAGAGUUAUAAUGUUGUAUCCACACGAGGAGAAUUGAAGACUGUUGAUUCUGUGCCUCCAUUGCAAAGACAGGUCAUUAUUGUAUUAACACAACUUGAGGGUAGCGGAGGCUUUAGCAUAGCCCAUAGAUUAACGCAUAGAUUGGCAAAUUCACGUGGUCUACACGAUUGGGGACCAGCGGGUGCAACACACUGUCCAGCAAUUGAUACAGUACAUGGUUUGCAUGCACCGCGAUUGAUAACAUGAACGGCAAUAAUAAAUUUACGAAUUUUUUUUUUGGUUUUGUGGUUAUGGUGGAUAUGGUUGGUAAAAUAUAAAUGCAUAACGUCGGCGCAUGUAAAUAACAUUCAACUUUGUGUAGAUAAAGACCAAAAAAGAAGAAAAACGAAAUUUACGGAAAAAUGAAAUGAAAAAAAAGGAAACCAAAGAUUUAUGAACAUUUUAUCCCAUUACUCACCAUGUUGUGUUAAAAAACGAUUUUUUUUUUGUUUGUUGUUUGGAAUUAUGAAUUUAGUGAUGUUUGUGAUGACGUGAGAAAUGAAUGGCUGAACUGAUGGAAAUCAUAAAAGGAAUAUUUGUGGGAAGAAACGGAGUGUCAGAGAAUUUUCUUUUAUUUUUAAUUAAAUAGACAUUUUAUGGACACACGCAUUAUUAUACACGUGCAUUAAACACACACACACACAUCUAGUAGAUAAUUCUAA